UAAGGCACCGGUAUCGCAGCUUCCUUUUAUUUAUUCGGUGCUAAAAUCAUUUGUUACUUUUAUGAUCAGCCACUUGGGCAGUUUGUCAGUUCAGUACAUGCUGUCAAAAUCUUGUGUCCAGGAAAAAAAACUGUGGGAACAUUGUUGGCAAGUGAUUGCAAGGUGAAAAACCAUUAAUUUACCGAAGAGGACACACACAGCUCCAUAUCAGUCACUAUAUUAGCAAUCAAGCUGGUUCAAUGGAAAAAGGGAAAAAAAAGAAAAAACCUUUACUUGCCAAAAAUGGAAGUGCUAAAUUCUAUUAUCCUGUGAUUUAUAUUUUUGUUCUUGUAAUAAACUCUAUUAAGAGUGCUGUUUUAGUAGCAGAUGAAUAGUAAUUAAUAACAUGAAACUGUCCAUACACAGCAUGGGUCAGUUUAUCAUAGUCAUAUCAACAAUGAAUGUGUUGCGGAUCGAUCAUACAUGACAAACUAAAAUAAAUAUAAGCAACUGCUCCAUGAGACAGCUGUAAUGUCUGUUUCAAACAGACGAUAAUUUAUUAGGGACUGACAACAUAUUCCAACAAGUUUGACAAUUGAGUAAAUUGUAACUAUUUAGUUAUUUAUUUUACCAAACUCUACAAUCCAAAUGUCCAGAAAACAGUGUCAGCUAAGUGUGAAAAAUUAAACAGGCAUAACAUUAUAAGCACCUUAACCGUGGGCCUGGUCUGGUCUAGGUGGUUGAUACAUGUCUAAGUACCAUCCAUGAAUGCCAGGUCCAAACAUUUCACUAAAUGGUCACAAGAUGACCAAUCUUAUUUACUUCUCUUGGUUAUAAUGUCAUGACUGAUCGAUGUAUUACAGUGACUGUCAGCGUGUGUGUGCAUGUAGUAUCAAUCAAGGCUAUUAAUGGCUUACAAUAACUUGGAAAGUCAUUCAUCCACUAAUUUAUUAAAAAAAAUUUUUUUUCAAACUUGCCAUUUAAGAGCUGCUCUUCCCAUCUAACUCCAGAAGCGCCAACAUGUCACCUUCAGUUGACUAUACACGGUGUGUGUCCUUUAUUAGUCAAAUAUGCUACAACAAACGUUGUGAAUUGAUCUUAUUCAAUAAACCAAAAUGAAACUCAAGCAGUUUGCACGUGUGCCACUAUCAGCUGUAAUGUCUGUCUCCAAGUUAUUGAUUUGAUUACUUGUUUUUGUCACGUGACAAAUCCGUGGCUUCGACCAUUUCAAAUCCAAACAAUUCCCGGUGAGUAUUUAUUUUAAACAGUCCUCACGGUCCAACCCAGCAACAAGUGCUGUAAUGUUUAACAUCAGCUACCUAAACUGACUUUGGGUUUCUUUCAGAGGAAGAGGAGGAAAUGAAGGCCUUCUACGGACGAUUUAGCACGACAUGCUGCGCUUAUCGCGUUCAGCGAAGGAACAUAUUAACAUUUUUGUGCAUAGUCGCCGUUAUCGUGGGUGUGGGUCUGGGCAUGUUUUUGAAGAACUUCCUCAGUCUGUCACAGAGCCACAAAGUCUACAUCAGCUUCCCUGGGGAAUUCCUCAGGCGGCUGCUUCAGCUGGUUACCGUUCCACUCAUAAUGUCAAGUGUGAUAACAGGAGUUUCUAGUCUGAGUGGAGGCAUGUCCAAAAAAAUCACUGUCCGUGCAAUUAUAUACAUUUUCGUAACCACUGUGCUGGCUGUCCUUACAGGAUUAUUUUUGGUGUUGUUGGUCAAGCCUGGUGUGAGUAAUACAUCUGCCAAAGUUGCAAAAGAUGAUGUUGAUGAUGAUGAGGAAGCCUUCUCCUCACUGGAUGCCUUGUUGGAUCUAAUAAGGAACAUAGUGCCACAAAAUGUGAUUCAGGCUACCUUUCAACAGUACAAAACGCGGAAGGUGUUCACCUUUGAAGGAGAUGAGAACAAUGCCACCCAGGAAAACUCAGAAGUGCUCCUCGUGGGCGUGCACAUUGACGGACUCAACACUUUGGGGCUGAUCUCGUUGUCACUUAUUGUUGGACUGUCCCUCAGGGGUAUGAAAGGAAAAGGCCAACGUCUUGUGAAUGUCGUCGUUUCCAUCAACGAGGCCACCAAACAUGUAGUCAAAAUGAUAAUAUGCUUAUUGCCAGUGGGAGUGUUGUUCAUGACUGCAAGCUACGUUGUUGAAGUUGGGGACAACUGGGAGACUGUUGUAAAGCUGCUAUCGUUCAUGGCAGUGGUCUUUGUUGGGCUCAUCAUCCAUGGAUUUAUAGUUUUACCUAUGAUCUAUAUCUUGUGUGUGAGAAAAAAUCCCCUCCCCGUCAUGAAAGGUGUUUCUCCUGCAUUACUUAGAGCCCUGCUCAUCUCACGCAGCUAUGCAGUCUCACUGACUGUUUAUUGUUGUGAGGAAGUAAACAAGAUUGACAAAAGAAUCACUGACUUCAUGCUUCCUAUCGGGAUCAAUGCCAAUAUGGAUGGAACAGCCCUUUAUGAAGUGGCCGCAGUGGUUUUCAUCGCCCAACUUAAUGACAUUACAUUGAACUGGACCCAGUUAAUUACCCUUGGUGUGACGGUGGCGGUGGCCAGUGUAGGAGAAGCAGGAAUCCCAGCUACAGGAAUGGUCACCACUCUUUUCGUUUUAACGGUUAUUGGGAUUCCUGUGAGGGAUGCUUCUGUUUUGAUGUCUGUAGAAUGGCUGAUAGAUCGUUUCAAUGCUACUCUCAACGUCCUGGGAGACUGCCUUGGCGUAGCAGUUGUCGCACAUAUGUCGAAAAACGAACUGGAACAAAUAGACCAGCAAGAACACAGCGUGGCCAGAGAUUGUACAUCAGAACAUUACUUGGAUCCAGAUCCAUGACAGCAGCAGGAUAUGGAAUAAAACAGGACCUGUGCCUCAGCAGCAAGAAUGUGCUCUACUUUCAAAAGAACUUUCCAUGGUGUUUCAUUGUGUUAUAACAUUUCUUUCAUUGUGAGUGCAAAAAUAUACUUUAAAGAAGCCUUUUUUUGUAUUUUUUGUCAUCAGCAGUAUAAGUAUAGUGGACAACAAAGAAAUGUUUUUCUAUUGAUUUGUUAUAUAUAUAUUUACUCUGUGUAUAGUGUACAUGGUAUAUUUAAGUUGGCCUUGCGGCAAUCAUUUGUUCAUUUGAUUUAAACUUAUUGUAUCUUGUGUAUUUAGUAUUGCAGAAGGAUGUGUUUAUAUGUAAGUGCAGUAUUAAAUGAGCUGGUGCACACUUUUUUUUUGUUUGUUUGUUUGAUUUUAAAGAAACAGAUUUAUCUAGAAUCACAUCUAGCUAAGUAAAUAUGUGAAUCGAUUAAAUGUAUUCCUUCCCUUCUUGUAAAUCUCAGCUGAAUAAAAAGUAAAGAGAAGCA